UAUAGCCCACCUACUCAGUGGACUGUAUCAACAAGCCCAAACCACGUUUAUAGUCUGGUUUGCUUGAGGGAAGGGCAACGACGGUGCCUUUUGACCAGAGAUCGGCGAAUUGAUUGCUCUUAUUUUUCCCCAUUUCGUCUCAGUUUUCUUAUCAGAUCGGUCAAUUCAGAAUAUGAAGUUCGUUGACUCUUUUCCUGCUAAAAAUAGCCUAAUUAGCUGUGACGUAGAUUCCGAAAGAACUCUGUACCCGUAUGUGACUGGCACAUCAGUGAUCGGCAUCAAGUAUAAGGAUGGUGUUCUUUUGGCUGCUGAUAUGGGAGGCUCCUACGGGUCCACUCUGCGUUACAAGAGCGUGGCACGACUGAAGGCAGUGGGAAAACAUUCUCUUAUUGGUGCAAGUGGAGAAAUUAGUGAUUUCCAGGAGAUAUUACAUUAUCUUGAUGAGCUUAUCUUGCAUGACAAUAUGUGGGAUGACGGGAACUCCUUGGGCCCUAAAGAGGUGCACAACUAUUUAACUCGCAUGAUGUAUAACCGUCGCAAUAAGUUCAACCCGUUAUGGAAUUCACUUGUACUUGGUGGAGUGAAGAAUGGACAGAAGUAUCUUGGGACGGUUAGUAUGAUUGGUGUACAUUACGAGGACAAUCAUGUGGCAACUGGAUAUGGAAAUCACCUUUCUCGACCUAUUCUCCGCGAUGAAUGGCAUGAAAACUUGAGUUUUGAAGAUGGUGUCAAGUUAUUGGAGAAAUGCAUGCGUGUACUUCUGUACCGUGACCGGUCUGCUGUCAACAAGCUCCAGAUUGCAAAAAUCACAGAAGAAGAGAUAACAAUCUCUCAGCCAUAUGCAUUGAAGACUUUCUGGAAUUUCUCUGCUUUUCAGAAUCCAACAGCUGGUGCUGAGGGAUCGUGGUAGCCAGCUAGCUUCAUACUUCCCCAAAGUUAUGUUGGGUCAGGAUAAGAAGUUCUUGAAGCAAAGUGGGUUUCUAGAAUUUUGAUUAAAACUUGUGACAUACUAUUGACUUGGCUGUGCGCAUUUGAACCCAGUUCUUCUUGUGCUUUUCCUGGGAAUCCUUGAAGAUGAUCACAGUAUGAAUAUGCACGUUUUUUUUCUGGAAUUAUUACAUGAUCAUGACCAAAGUUUUAUUUGGUAGCCUCCAAUGUCAUCGUUAUUGUGCACACACACAACACACUUAAGAAAAAUGGUGGACGUGGAAUCAUUCUUGGAAGUUCUGAUUCGAUUUGGUUAAUUGCAA